GCGCAGCCUUGCUUACAUCCCCAUCGGAGUCCAAAUGUUCUCUUCCUUGAAGACAUCAAUGUUCCUGACAGUCUAUGACGACCCCAUGCCUGCCACAGCCUCUCUGGGGGUCUUACUUCAUUCCAAAGCAGCAUCGUCACCCCAAGAAGGGGUCCCGUUUCCUUCAGUGCCCCCCCGCGCUGCCAGCACCCACUCACCUUCAGGCCUGGAGCCUGGCCUGCCCCGGACCUUUCACAUAGGCGGAGUCAUAGAACGCAUCUCGGGCCUCUGACUUCCUUCACCCGCCUCACACUGAGGUCACUGUGGAUGGCCUCACAGGGCCCCCUGGAGCUCCAGCCCUCCAACCAGAGCCAGCUCGCCCCUCCUAAUGCCACGUCCUGCAGCGGCGCCCCGGACGCCUGGGACCUGCUGCACAGGCUGCUGCCCACGUUCAUCAUUGCCAUCUUCACCCUCGGCCUCCUGGGAAACUCUUUCGUCCUGUCCGUCUUCCUCCUGGCCCGGCGGCGACUGAGUGUGGCAGAAAUCUACCUGGCCAACCUGGCCGCUUCUGACCUGGUGUUUGUCCUGGGCUUGCCCUUCUGGGCAGAGAAUGUGCGGAACCAAUUCGACUGGCCCUUCGGGGCCGCCCUCUGCCGCAUCGUGAACGGGGUCAUCAAGGCCAACCUGUUCAUCAGCAUCUUCCUGGUGGUGGCCAUCAGCCAGGACCGCUACAGCGUGCUGGUGCACCCCAUGGCCAGCCGGAGGGGGCGGCGGCGGCGGCGGGCUCAGGCCACCUGCGCGCUCAUCUGGCUCGCGGGGGGCCUCCUGAGCACCCCCACUUUCGUGCUGCGCUCCGUCAGAGCCGUCCCGGAGCUCAACGUCUCCGCCUGCAUCCUGCUGCUCCCGCACGAGGCCUGGCACUGGCUGAGGAUGGUGGAGUUGAACCUGCUGGGCUUCCUCCUCCCGCUGGCCGCCAUCCUGUUCUUCAACUGCCACAUCCUGGCCUCCCUGCGGAGGCGGGGGGAGCGCGUCCCCUCGCGGUGCGGGGGCCCCCGGGACAGCAAGAGCACGGCGCUCAUCCUCACUCUCGUGGCUUCCUUCCUGGUCUGCUGGGCCCCCUACCACUUCUUCGCGUUCCUGGAGUGCCUGUGGCAGGUGCACGCCAUCGGGGGCUGCUUCUGGGAGGAGUUCACCGACCUGGGCCUGCAGCUGUCCAACUUCUCCGCUUUCGUCAACAGCUGCCUGAACCCGGUGAUUUAUGUGUUUGUGGGCCGGCUCUUCAGGACCAAGGUCUGGGAACUCUGUCAACAGUGCAGCCCCAGGAGUCUCGCACCCGUGUCCUCGUCCCGUAGGAAAGAAAUGCUCUGGGGUUUCUGGCGGAAUUAAAGCAGCUUGGACCCAAGGGGCUCGGCCUUCUCGUCCAUCCUUCCUGAUGUAGUAAAUGUGGUUGUGGGAGGGCUGAGCGCCGGCCCGCACGGACGCCCAGGCCCCGGCCCUGGGACCCUUGCUGCUGGGGUCCAGUGGAGGUCCUGGGUCGCACAGCGAUCCUUGGAGGGGGUUGGGGUCGCAGGAGGCGACGUGACUGCACAGCCCGAGGCCGAGGAGGCGCCACGGUCCCGUGGCCUCUGGACACUGGAGAAGUUAUGGGCUCCAUUCUUCCUCACACCCCCGAAGGAGCCAGCCCUGCCUCCCCACGCCCGGCCUUACCCAUCAACUGGGCUUUUCCUUCCCAGCCUGGGGAAUGGUCAGGGGACCAAUGGUUGUAAACCUCUGAGUUUGCAGCAUCUGUCACAGCAGCAACAGGCAAGCAGGGGCAGUGCCCAGGGAGGACGGCUCUACGUUUCCAUCUGCGCGCUCCACCGGCUCUGGUCGACUGCCAGAGACCAGAGCAGACCUGGCUGGAGCGUCCAUCCACAGGGACCCGAGACCCACUCCAUUGCAGGAAGUCAGGGGGAUCCCAGGGCUGGAUCUGUGACUCGGGUUAUCUGGGACACGGUCAGGAAGGGAGCCACCUGGGAGCUGAGUCCCAACACAGCGGGGCAUCGGCAGGCUUGGAGCAGGGCGGGGAGGGCCGGGUCGCGCCGCAGAGAUGCAGCGGCAGGAGGGCGGGGCUGCUCCAGGGGGCUGUGUGGGCACUCCUCCUGUUCUCACGAGCCAGUGCUGAGCCUGCCCAGGGACCUGCCUGCCAGGAGCUCACAGCAAAGGGACAAGAAUUAGGAGAGUGUCCUUCAGCCUGGUGACCGCCACCAUCAGGUCCCAAAGAGCUCAGAGAAGGGCCCCAGCCCGGGUGUCCCCAGGAAGAAGCGUAGACGCUGAAACCCAAAAAGCAAGCAGGUGGCCAAGCCAAACAGGGAAAGGGGUGUCCUAGACCCAGAGACAGGCAGGGACGAGGGGGAGGGACCAGACUCUAAGACACUCGGGCAGUGGGCCGGGAGGGGGCACCGCAGCCCCCGGGGAUGCAUGGGAGGGACUGGGCCCUCUGUAACAGCAUGGUGACUCCGGCCACUUGGGCCUGGGAAAGAGGCCACUGUCCCUGGAGCCCGGCAGUGUGCACCCUGGGGGCUCCCUGAGAGCAGACGGUGGUGCAGAUGGCCAGGAUUUGGGUCAGCAGGCAGGAUUCAGCUGCACGCGUGUAACUCAGGCAAUGUGGUGUCUGCACACUGCUCCUGCAGGGCGGGCGCUCAGAGCUGUGGUUCAGAGAGGAGAGGCAGAGAGAGAGAGAGGUCUCCCACCUGCUGGUUCACUCCCCAAACAGCUGCAACGGCUGGAGCUGGGUAGAUCUGAAACCAGGAGCCAGGAGCUUCCUCUGGGUCUCCCACGAGGAUGCAGGGGCCCAACCACUUGAGCCAUCUUCUACUGCUCUCCCAGGCCACAGCAGAGAGCUGGAUCAGAAGUGGAGCAGCCGGGACUCGAACGGGCGCCCAAAUGGGAUGCCAGCACUGCAGGCGGCAGCUUUACCCGCUAUGCCACAGCGCCGGCUCCAAUAAAAUAAAUCUUUAUUAAAAAAAAAAAAAGGAUCCCUGCUGGGGGUGGGGGGAGGGCGUGGUUUCCAUUCCUGUGCUCGGGUUGAUGGGUUCACCUGGCGCAGCUGCACUGGAGGAUGAGUUGGCAAACAGCCUUCCGCAUCCCUCACUCCGGUGCCUGCACGGCUCCCGCUUUCUCUCUAGAACGGGGCGGGGACGGGGGCUUCUCCUCCAACCCACGCCUGGCACUGGGCCUGGUGCGACUCAGCCAUGGGACCCAUGCCACGUCUUGCCUCUGCUGCCCCUCCUGGCGGGAAGGAAGUGGGCUCUCCUCCUCCCCCUCGGGCCCAUCCAUCACCCGGGUCACGAUAGGGACCGAGCCCAUCCACAUCGCAGCCCAGAAAACUCCCAGAUGUCGCAACGGCCACAGGCAUGUUCUUGUUCUCCGGGGCUGAGUCACGAGCUGGCCGAGGAGCAGGUGGGAAGCUGUUCCGGGAAGCGCCGCUCCCCGUCCCAGCUCCAGCCAGCGCCGCUCCCUGCUCCAGCUUCCCGGUCCUUUCUCCACGCCCGGGCCCUUUCUCCAGAUUCUGCAUUCUCCCUUAGCUUUCUGGGACCCCUGGCUCAGCCUGUGUCCAACCAGGGCCUCCCCACGGGGCCACCCCACGGGUCAGGAGGGCCUACGUGGGGCAGGCGUUUGCCACAGCGGUUACGUUGUCACUCAGGACACUUGUAUCCCAGAUCAAAGGGCCUGGUUUGAGCCUCGGCUCUCCCACUCCCGAUCCAGUUUCCUGGCAAUGCCCCUGGGCCAGCAGUGGAUAACGGCCCAAGUGCUCAGGCGCCUGCCACCCACGUGGGAGCCCUGGAUGGAGUUCCUGGCUCCUGGCUUCAGCCUAACUCAGCCGCAUCACUCUACCUUCCAAAUGCAUCUUAAAUUAAAAACAACAACAACAACACUGCAUUGGAGGCAGGAGAUUGGCAGUGGUUAAACCACUGAUGGGGACUACAUCCCGCAUGGGGGGCCAGGGCCGGCUCUGCCUCCCCUUCCAGCUCCCUGCUAACGCACGCACGCCUGGGGCAGCAGGUGACAGCUCCCUGCUAACGCACGCCUCGCUCGGGGCAGCAGGUGACAGCUCCAUAGCUGGGUCCCCGCCAUCCAAUGGGAGACCGGGCUGCUGAAUAGGGUCUGGCCCAGCCCGGAAUGUUGCAGGCAUCUGGGGAGUGGAAAGAAAUAAAAUUUUAAACACGCUGCGUUAAAUUGUCUAUCUUGGCUACUGGGUCUGUCCUCUGCUCCUUAGAUUUCGUGCCCCCGGCGGGUGCCUCGUUUGCCUCCCCUACUCCCAGCCCUGGGAGUAGAACCCCCCAGAGAGACGCUGCCUCAGCGUCUCUCCCACCGUCACAGCCCACAGGGACCCCAGCACGGACGAGCUUGGUGUGGUCACCUAGGCUCCCUCAGUGCCUCAUCAACCUGUCCUGAAAACCUCGAGGCCUGAGACGGCUCUGCGCUCUGUCGCCACCCAGCCCGGACUCAGAGAGACACUCAUAGAGACACUUUUGUUUUUCACGUAAGCGGUGUCCGACUCAGAGGAAGCCGCCAGACAACCCAUCAAAGAGGACGGCUGGGAUUUUUCCAGAGCCUUCUCCACGCAUGAGGGGUCGGAACGCGUGCAGGCUCGGAGGAGGAGCCUGGCUCGCAGGGGGCCAGUGCCAAGGCAAGUCCCGCUGGGAGGGAGCGGGCGCCCUCUGCUGGCACUGAUGGCAGACUGCGCUUUCCCGGAAACAGCUUCUGCACACGUUUUCUUUCCAAAAAGAUUUGUCUGUUUGUUUGCAAGACGGAGUGACAGAGAGAGAGGGAGAGACGCAGAGAGAGCUUAUGUCUGCCGAUUCACUCCCCAAAUGGUUGCAAUGGCCGGGGCUGGACCAGGCCAAAACGGGAGCCUGCCACUCCGUCCAGGUCUCCGAGGUGGCACGGGCUGCGCGUCAGGCGUCUUCCACUGCUUUCCCCGCCGUUAGCAGAGCAGCUGGGACUCCAAGCGGCAGUCAGACGGGAUGCCAGCGUCACGGGCUGCGGCUUCACCUGCCGCCCCACUACACUGGUCCCUGUGCACGAUGUCAAAGCGAGCCCCCAGGACAGGGAUGACCCCUCUGUUACCCCUGCUUCCAGAACAUGCUAACAGACGGGCAGCGACUCCCCUUGAUUAGGGUCACCGAGAGAUCUCCUCAAGGCAAUUUCUUUGAAAAUGGUCGGCCUUGAAGAUGCGCACGCCCGCAGGCGCAGGCGCUGUGCACGGCCGGCUAGCAACGGCCACCAGAGGUUCAGUGGGCGUCGUGGGUCUCUGACACUUCUCCCCUGGGACUGGCUAAUCCCCGGGGAUAAUGGAGAACACAGGGAGGUGCUUUUUGGGCUUCAAAAUGUUUGCUAUAAACGGGGCGAGGAUUUCUGGCAGUGGAACGCUAACACUUGGUGGCGUAUUGAAAAACGGCAGGGGUCCGAGAGUGGUGUUUUCUGGGCCUUGUGCUAACUGCAGAGGGCGCCCCAGACAUGCUGCCUGGGAGUCUGCACCAGGGAAGGCACUUGGGCCGCAUCUGGGCUGACAAACGCGUGUUAGGAGCCGGCGUUGUGUCGCAGUGGGUUCAGCUGCUGCCUGCGACACGGGCGUCCCAGGGGAGUCCCAGCUGCUCCACUUCCGCUCCAGCUCCCUGCUAACGUGCCUGGGAAAGCCGCAGCAGAUGGGCCCCUGUGGAAGGAAGCACGCUCUCUCUCUCUCUCUCGCUCGCUCGCUCGCUCGCUCCCUCUGUCUUUCAAAUAACUAAAGCAAAUCUUGGUUCAGACGCCCACGGGAGGGUUUUGGAAGCCAAGCUGGUGCUUUGCACGGAGCAGCCACGCUUUCUGUCCCUCAGUGGGGCCCAGACCGAGAAGGGCGUUCUGCCGUCUCCGGCAGCCUUGGCGAUUCUCAGCGUGAGAUGUGCUGCCAGCGGGCUUGUGGUUUUUGCAAACAUCUCAAGACCCUGAAGACUUUGCCUCUAACGCCUCUCUGAAUGUUAUUUCCCAGUGACCCCCACGACGCAUCCCUCCAUCAGCUUUCCCUGUAGCCAGGAGUCCUGAACGCCAGGCUCAGGAGGACCCAGCUCCCCCAGCUGCCCCAAGGCUGCACCCACGUUUAACGCCCGUCCAGAUGGCCAGGGUGUAGACACGCUGAGGUCUCCGGGAUCGGGACUUCCAGUUCUAAAACUGGUCUGAGUGGUGAGGGCUCCUUCCCUCAGCCUCACGAAACACGAUGCGAGCCAUCGCAGGAGCCAAACAAAUCUGUCUACGUUUGUAAGGAACCAUCGGCCGGGCUGGGGGCUGUGCCUAGCGUCGGCCCACUGGGUUCUGUGCUCGCUCCCGGGGCCCAAAGAUCCCACCUUUCGUCCCCAGCACUUCAGCUCCGAGAUCAGACGCCGUCCCAGGCACUCUGUGUAUUUAACUCAUAUAAGCCGUGGGGUAACAAGGCGCCGACCACAGUGACUGACACACCCCGUAUCAGAGUGCUGGGUUGGAGCCCUGCCCUGUUCCUGUCUCCGGCUUCCUGCUGAUGCACACCCCCGGGGGCAGCAAGUAGUGGUUCAAGGACUUAGGUCCCUGCUGCCCUAGGGGGACCCUGGAUUGAGCUCUGGGCUCCCGGCCUCGGUCUGGCUCAGUCCUGGCUGUUGCGGGUAUUGGGGGCGUGAACAGUGGAUGGGAACUCUGUCUUCCUCUCUUUGUCUUUCGAAAUAAAUGAAAAUAAAUAAAUAAGUAAUGUGUCGUCCUCAGAGCAGCCCUAUGGCCUGUUUUAUAGAGGGAACGGGAACGCAGAGAGGUUAAGUAACUUCCCCGAAGCCACACAGCUCACCGGCAGCAGGCCUGCACAUCUCAGCCAGAGCACGGUGCUUCCCAGACUUGCGUGCAUACCCCAGGCACCGGGAGCUGUCAGCCCCCUGCAGGGCCUGUGCUUUCCUUGGUCCUGGGCGUGGACUGGGCUUCGGAGGCUGUAGGAGGUCCCCCAGCGGCUCUGCCGCAGACAAGUUCCGGGAGCCGCGGCUUCGUCCACCCUGUGGCCUCGCCAGCAAGUCUGCUCAGUGCAAUGUCUCUGCUCCCGAGGACUUGCUUUCAGGAAUAUAAA